AUGCUUUUAGUAGCAUAUCAUGAUCAGCAGACGAAAGAUAAUAUCUUCAAGGUCGACUCACCUCUAACUUUUCCUCAUGACUUAUUAAUCAAACCACCUAAUCAGAUUGAUGGACAUAAUAUCGAUCGAAAGGAUUUUCCCAAGGGGCAGAUCAUGGUAGUGCUUCUGCCCCCUGACCUAAAUGGUGCUUCAAAAAGCACUAUAUUGAACAUGAUUUAUGAUCAUCUCAAAGCUUAA